UCGCAAGAACAACAAUAAAUCAGAUAUUGGCAUUCGCACAAAAAUCUAAAAUUUGUAGAGUUCAGACAUAUAAAUAAAAAAUUGUUAAUUGUUUCGUAAACUAACGCAAUUCUGUUUUUUGUAUACUAAUUUACAAAUUAGCAUUUUGAUAAAUAACUUUAAACGAAUACUCUCGAGCACGAAAUUGGCGAGUUGCUAUUGCAACAACAAUACUGCGUGGUUGAACGCAAAGACACAACAUUGCAUUUACACUAACUGCUUCGUCUUGGAUAACGAAACACUUCCAUUUGCCAAAGAAGUAAGAUGUCUGUUGCAGAAUUUCUCAAGGACCUUCCCAGUCACAAUGCACAAAACUUUUCGCAAUUUAAUAUGGAACAAGGACUUCGUACAUCACAGAAAAGGCCUUCCGUAUAUCUACCUACAGAAGAUGUGCCAUCGGAGCAGCACAUUGUGAUGGAUAAACGUUGCGUAUUACUGAGAUAUCUUAAACAACAAUGGGAUAAAAAGACAUUACCUCGGAAACGUGAUCACACUAACGGCGAUGCAAACGUAGGAAAUGGCACAGCGAACAACAGUUGUAAAAAACGUCCACGAUUGGAUAUAAACCAACUUGUUUAAAACACUUUGGAUUGUCAGCUGUGAAGUGGGCGGGGCAUCGAGCGCAGCACGAAUAAUCAAAUUGUGUCUGGGAUGCGCUUAAAAGUAUGACAACUUGUUAUAAUUUACUGAAAAUUUAAUUAUUUUUUGUUUUUUUAUUAAAACAACACCAAGAAAUUUUUGGUUUUAAAAUUAUAUGUUUGUAUAGCAUCCCCCUUAGUGCUGUACAAAAUCAACGAAUUAUAAUCGGCAACAUAAACCCUAAAUAAAUAUAUUCAUGAAUGAUUUUAAAACCCUCGUAAAAACGGGUUCUGUACAAACACACACAAUAGUCUGCAGCUUGUUAAAUAUGGUGCAAAUAUGCGCCUAGCCAUUACACAUUAGUUGUUAAGAUAUUAUUUUCUAAAUAUUUGAAUAUAAGCAAUUUUGUAAGUCGCAACUCACAUUAACGGAAACUUGGAAAUAACUUGUACUAAAAAAUAAAUUCACACAUGCACGCAUUAA